GGUCAGGCUAGGAGCCUAGGUCAGGCCAAACCGAUUCAAGGUUGAACUGAACCUCCUCUUUCUCGUAUGGGGCGUGCUGGAGGCUGAGAGUCGACACGGAACUCAGCCUUGAAAACAAAGGCUAUAAACCCUGAUGAAUUCUUUUUGCUACAAGCUUGCCGCCCUCUUUAAGAGAUCUCGCGUCGUCUCCACCGCGACAAACGCAGCAGCUCCUUCGCAAAUGGAAGACGGCACCCUUCCCAAAUCCAUCCUCCGCACCCGCCUCUGCAUCAUCGGCAGCGGCCCCGCCGCUCACACCGCCGCCAUCUACGCUGCUCGCGCCGAACUUCGGCCCAUACUCUUCGAGGGCUGGAUGGCGAAUGACAUCGCCGCUGGAGGCCAGCUCACCACCACUACCGACGUUGAAAACUUCCCCGGUUUCCCCGAAGGGAUCAUGGGCGGCGACCUCAUGGAUCGUUGCCGUGCCCAGUCGGUCCGUUUCGGGACAAACAUCCUCUCCGAGACAGUCACAUCUGUAGACCUCUCCUCCCGCCCCUUCAAGGUCUUUUCCUCGUCCACCCAAGUCCAUGCUGACGCCGUCGUUAUCGCCACCGGCGCCGUUGCCCGCCGUCUCCACUUCCCCGGCUCCGACACCCUCUGGAACCGAGGGAUCUCCGCAUGCGCAGUUUGCGACGGGGCGGCCCCUAUCUUCCGGGACCGCCCCAUUGCCGUCAUCGGCGGAGGAGACUCCGCCAUGGAGGAGGCCAAUUUCCUGACCAAGUAUGGGUCCCGCGUGUACAUCGUGCACCGCCGGGACACAUUUAGGGCUUCAAAAAUCAUGCAGGCGAGGGCUCUCAAUAACCCCAAGAUCGAGGUGUUAUGGAACUCGGAGGUGGUCGAGGCGUACCCCAAGGAGAGGAACGGACCUCUUGGGGGUGUUAAGGUGAAUAAUGUCAUCUCCAGGGAGGUGUCUGAUUUGACGGUGUCGGGGCUCUUCUUUGCAAUCGGGCAUGAACCGGCGACCAAGUUUUUGGAUGGGCAGCUGGAGCUUGAUGCGGAUGGAUAUGUUGUCACAAAACCUGGCUCCACACAAACCAGCAUCAAAGGUGUUUUUGCUGCUGGAGAUGUGCAAGAUAAGAAGUACCGCCAGGCGAUCACCGCAGCCGGAUCUGGGUGCAUGGCUGCACUAGAUGCGGAGCACUACCUGCAGGAAAUUGGAGCUCAAGAAGGAAAGACUGAUUGACUAUCCUUGGACUAUCAAUGGACCAUUCAGUUGCGAUCCAGGCUUUAAAAGCCAAUAUGGAGUUAAUGUUAUGGAUUGAUUUGCAGGGCAUGUCUGCCUUAUUUGUGGGUAUUGAUCAUAAUCUAGAAUUGCUUUAUGAACAGUCUUUGCAUGGAUAUUUGGGCGUGACUUAAUUAAGGCAUUUAAAUCUGCAUCUGCAUACCUUUA